GCUCCAUCACCGAGUACUUUCUCUGAAGAACGCUGUAAACACUUUGAACGAAUUUCGUGGUUUUAUUUGAAGUACGAUAGAAGACAUCGCAUGGAUAAAGAGAUCAGAAACAGAAAUGCAGAGGGAGGCAGCAGCGACGAAGAAGAAGCUUUCGAAAGCGCCGAUGAAGGAGAAGAUGGAACCAAACACGGUAAACAUUCUACCCGUGCAGUCGCCACGUCAGCUGACAUUAGAUCUCCACAUUCCACGUCGAAAGAAUCAGUUGGCAUGAAUGAUGCCUCAAUAACUAGGCAGGCAACCUCAGACGGUGGUAUUAGUUCCGAAAAAGAAGAGCUGGAGAUGCGAAAUUCAAGUAUGGAUGAAAACGUAGUGCAGGAAAACAUCGUAGAGGGAUACCUUAGAAAAGAGGAAUCUACUGUGAUACAGGACGAGAAUUCACCUUCCACCGAAAAGAUUGUAGAUGAGAAUUCGCAAGCUACUGAGUCAAGUGAGACAAUCGAGAAAAACGCCAAAACUAGGGCAUCAAAGUCCUCCGAGGAUGAGGAAACUGCUGCUAUAAGCGAGAAAGAAGACAAUAUCAAACUCGACUCAGAAGAGCUUACAGACCAUAGCUUGACAAUGGAACACAACGAUCAUCAGAUUGCGGUGAACCAGGUUGAUGUGUUAGCUAAGGAAAGAGUAGAAGCUGUAGGAAACUCUGAAAAAAGGCAGCAGCAGACGAAGGCUUCAGAAUCAAAUGCUGGUGAUCAAGUUGAAGAUAUAAAGCGUGACAGGUAAUUGUUUGGUAAGGGGGGGAUGGGGGAGUAUGGUUGGGGGAGUAUGGUUAGGGUAGGAUGGGGCAGAAAAGAAAAGCUAUUGGUCAAGGGAGCCUAAGUUCAGUGAAAGCCUGGCUGUGUAUCUUUGCUUGCUAAUUGUUUCUAAUGCUAUGUACAUUAACUGCGUAGAAAGUUAGGAAUACAUGACUGAUUUCAUUUAAAAGGUAAGUCAUGAUCAUCAGCUCUUCUAUAAAAUUAGGAUGGUGAAUUUGGCUAUUCACAAACAUUUUUUGUAGUCAGACUAUGUAUCAGGAUUUUUUUGUUUCCAAAAUGUGUUGGUUGAGAGAUGUGAAAGAAAACUGAAGAGAAAGUGAUCUCAGGUUGCUUUUAGCAAAUAGGAUCUAAACUUGCAUAAAUAUUUUUUGUGACUAGUUCAUCGGAGAGGCCAGUACAAGAAGCAUCUAAGGCCAGUACCUCUGGAGGUUGGGGUUGGGGAGGCUGGAGCUCAGUGCUCUCUCAAGCAACAGCUUCUGUCACAUCAGGGUUGUCUUCUGUUAUUGAAACAGUAGAAACAACACUUGGUGUUCCUGACCCAGAGGAGAUGGCAAGGAAAGUGAGAGCAGAAGAAAAACAAGUAAAGGAGAAAGUAACAGAGGAACAAAAUUCUGAACAUUCAGAGGAAAGGAAAGGUGAUAGCACCACUGAAGGUCAGUAAAUUAUGGUUUUUAAUGCUUGAUUUGCAUGUUAGACCAAGAUUAUUCAUUAGUUGUAGAUGUGGUUUCUGCUUCUGUGAUAGGAUAAUUUCUGGGCUAUCUUACUGAACUAUUUCAUUCUUACUGUCUCUGUUGUGGAUAUUGGAGCAGUUUCUUAAGAACCUCAUACUGGUGCUUUCUGGAGAAAUUUUUUGUAUGUGAAAACAGUCCCACAGAAGAACAAGAGAUGAAAAUCUUGUACAAUAAGCAUCUUAGAUUAGUUUCUGAGAAAAUUGUAUUCAUUCAUAACUCUAGAAGAGUUGUUGGACAUUAUAAAGGAAAAAUCGAAUUUUAAGAGGCAUCCUUUUCAAGGGAAAUUAGAAAACCAAAAUUACACCUUCAGAAGGGAAUUUAUUAGGAUAUUGAUAGAUUUUCCAAAACAUAAUAAACAUCAGAAUUUUUUACCCUGAACACAUCUACUGCUGUUUUUACUGUGUUAACCUUAACUCCCACAAGUGUUAAACAUGCAACUUCUCCUACAAUAUCCAUAUGUUGUUCAGAAAACAGGUGAUGAGAAUACCCAAACUUAUCUGGUAUAAGUUGUUGUAUUGAUCUAACACCACAUUCUAGUAACUAAUUUACAUGAAAAUGUGUAGCAGCAAGAGGGGAGAAUUAGCAAUUAGAUCUUGAAAGUUAAAGAGUUAGAGGUUGUCAAUUUAGGCUAGUCAAGUGUUAAGUCAUAAUUUUGCACAAGCAAACACUUUCAUAACACUGAUGACAAGUGAUGUUGCAAUUAUUUGUUUAAUUUUUCCCUUUUACACCAAACAGCUACUAGUGAUUCUUUCUUCUCUGGAUUUGGUGUAUCAAACCUGACCAGUGUGGUGCAGAGCACUGGAAUUGAGCUGGUAUCAGGAGGGCUGGGUGCUUUGGAGUUUAUUGGCAAAAAGACAAUGACUGUUUUGUCUGAGGGUGAUCCAGGACUAAGGCAAAAAAGAGAACAAAUUGCAGGAAAAGGCCCAAGUCUCUCUCAGGCAAGUUCAUAAUGAACAAUAAGAGUAGGAGCUUAUUGUGUGAAAGUCGAUGAGGACAAAUGCAAAUCAAUAAUUUUUCACAGAAACUGGUAGCAAAUAAUCUAAUUGUAUUAGUUUAGAUAUAUUAUAAACUUAAUACAAGACAGGGUCUUUAUUCUAUUUUGUGAACCACCACACAGUGUUAGGCUACAAAAUUGACUUGCUUCAUCUAUCACAUAAUAGAUAGCAAGUGGUGUAGCAAAUCAGAAGGCAGUAUUUGUGAUAGAAUGCAAUUAGAUUAAUACUGAUAUGCUAUAUUAUGUUGAUAUGCUAUUUUAAGGGUGGCAACCAUGAAUUUGGUAGGGAUUGGUUGGAGGAGGUCUUUAAUAUGGUUUCUGGAUACAAGAGGAAAGUCAAAUCUACUUUCAACCACCCCUGUCCCACAGUAGCAACCUCCUUCCAGAGACACAUUCUCUGUAGUGACAACUAAUAAGCUAGUAAAUGCGCCUUGGACACAGUUUUUGUUUCCAGUAUGAACCAUCCUGCAACAAUGAAGAAAACAGCAGCUUUUGGCAGUUGUCUUACUCAAGGAAAUUGAAAUUUUCUUCUGUUAGGUUUUAAGAGAGGCCAGAGAAGCAUCUGAACAAAAAGCUACAGUUGAAGCUGAACAAACCACACCCAUGGUAGACUUAUGCGGCGAGUUUGACAAAUUCCAAGGACUUGCUCACUUAGAAGCACUAGAGAUGCUGUCACGUGACAGUGAGGCCAAGGUGAGCAACAGGAAGACUUAAUUAUUGACAUUAGGCUCUUAAUUCACUAAACAGUCCCUGUUAGAUCCUCCUUCCCCCUUGGUAAAUUAAGUUUGGCACCUUGCAAUGUGCAAGCUACAACUCCACCUGUUUUGCACCUUGCAAUGUGCCAGCUACAACUGCAUCUAAUGCCUGCCUUUUCAGGCAGUAACCAUUACAACUUAUCACUUCUAUUCCCUUUAUUGCCGCCUAAAACUGCCUGAAAUUCUUAAAAAUUCAACGGGUAAAUGGUUUUUUGAACGGUUUUAAAAUUUCUUUUACUUGUCACGCUUAGAUUAAGGGAGAACACUGCACCACAUGCAAUUUCGAUUUCCCUAAGCUACAGCAUUGCUUGAAGCAAUUUCCCCCCACCCUCCUCUCAUACAAUAUCAAAGUUUGCGCCCCAUAACAACAUGAUUGAUUAUAAUUCCCUCCAAUCAUGGAAAACACCCAGAAAAUGUCUGUCCGGUAUGUUCAAGUUUAUGAAUUAUAGAUACUAGUAUAUUAGUUACAAAUUGUUUGCAGUAAUUGUUUAACUCAUUUAAGCUUGUGUCGACCUUUUGCCUCCAGCUUGAAUCCUGCAUCAUUGAUUUAACGGAAGACGAGCUUCACAUGCUGAAGCCUUUGUUACGAGCCGUGGAGGAAGUUUUUCACAUCGACGACGACAACGACGCUGAUGUCGAAGGGGCUGAAGACUUUAAAUCGGUCGUGUUGGACAAUGUCAAGUCGCUAAACCUGCCGUUUACUGCGGACAAGAUCAUUUAUUCACAGGAAAAGACAAGAGAAUGGAUUGCUUCUUGUGUUAAAGAACAGGACGAUUCUCCGGGGAGCAAAGACGGAGUUGAAAUUUAUAACACAGCCGUUUCAAGCUUGGCGGAGCUCACGGCUCGUACCGUGGAAUCAUUUCACAAGUUUACAGAACUGUUACUCCAUCAAGCUGAGCAGGCUACGGAAACCUCGUCUCUUGUGCGUGCGCAAUGCAUGCGUAAAUUGACAGACGCAGUUUUAGAGGAGAUUUCUAUUUUGGCGACGCAUUUCGCAGGUUGUUUGAACACCGCUGCCGACGACUCAGAAAACCCUGACUCAGUCAGCUCUUUAAUAACAACAUUGUAUCUUGAUUCCUCGACAAGUGCAGACUAUUUGAGAAACUCCUUGAAACUGUUGCGGCCCGUUUUACAGCUUUCCUCCCUCAAUGAGCAAAACCCUCCAAAAGGUUGAAGCGGACCCACAAUUAUAUUUGCAGAGAGUUCUUUUCUUGUAAAGUGCACUAGUCGAUCAUUCGCAAUAUGGGUAAUGUGGUCACUUAUACAAAUAAUUUAAUCUUCAAAUCGUUGCAUAUGUUCAGAUUAAAGUUAUUACAUCAUAAAUUUAGGAAAUUCUGUUUGUGUAAUAAAUCUUCUUGUACUGGUGCGCAGAAGAUUGUCACUAUUCGAUUCUUAAAUAUCCAGAAUAAAGUCACCAAAUUUGGGCGCUAGCAUGAACGAUUAGACACCUUACUAACC